GGUGAGCGGGGGGGGGUGCGCAUGCGCGGGAGGAGGCGGCGCAGGUAGGGCUCCAGCGAGCGCCGUGCCACCCCUGGGCUGUGUGGCAGGCACACGGCCACGUCUGGGGCCAUGAGGAUUAACCAGGACACCGUGCUGCAAGGGACGAGGGUGACCCUGGUGCCGUACACCCCGGCACACGUGCCCCGGUACCACGAGUGGAUGCAGUCAGAGGAGCUGCAGCGCCUGACCGCCUCCGAGCCGCUGAGCCUGGAGCAGGAGUACGAGAUGCAGCGCAGCUGGCGGGACGACGCAGACAAGUGCACCUUCAUUGUGCUGGACACGGAGCGCUGGUCUGGGCAGGCACGUGGGGAGGAGGACUGCAUGGUGGGGGAUGUGAAUCUCUUCCUCACCGACACUGAGGAUCCGACUUUGGGGGAGAUUGAAAUUAUGAUUGCAGAGCCCAGCUACCGUGGCAGAGGAUUUGGCAAGGAGGCAACUCUGAUGAUGAUGUCCUACGGAGUGACAGACCUGGGCAUCUCCAAAUUUGAGGCUAAGAUCGGGCAGGAAAACGAAGCCAGUAUUUGCAUGUUCAAGAAGCUUCAUUUUAAGGAGGUUGCCAUGAACAGCGUUUUCCAAGAGGUGACACUGAGGCUGGAUGUCAGCGAUGAAGAGAAGCGAUGGCUCCUGGACCAGACAAGCCACAUGGAGAAGAAAACCUACAGUGAAGUGAAGCUGCCAGCCAGAGAGCUGGAGACCUGAUGGGUACAGCCAAGCACAGGCCUGGGUUCCAGGGAGGAGCUGACCCUGUUGGGAGGUCUGAGCGUGGAUGACACCUCCGCAUUGUUUUGGUCUGUCUCCUUUGGUUACGUUGUCAUCUGGUCACCUUUGCACUUAUCUUGCAACAGCCCGGAAUACUGCCUGAAAUUUGGACCUGGCGAACAGCCACUAACUCACAGACCUGAUUGGGAAUGACUCCGUAACUUUAACGUGCUGUUCCAGCACAGCCGAAAUCACCAGCAGCUAAUUGAUUCCUGGUGCAACCAGUUUGUGGACAGGCAGUACCCACUGUUCCUACUUCCCUUAGAGCAGGAUUCAUCAGUGCGACACAGAAGUCUGAGAACUCUGGUGGCUCUGCUCUUUCUUGAAUAAUAAAAAAAUAAAAAUAAAAAAAAACUGA